UUACGACCAGAACUGUCAUCCUCUCAAACUGAGAAGUUUGCCGCUUCUUAGGGUUGUUGGAUCUCUGCUUUGCUCUGUGGACCUCUUGGUUUCUGCCAAUGCUGGCGUUGUUCACCAUAGCUGUUGAUGGCGGGACAGGAAUUUUGGCCACAGUAGCCUCGGGAAAUCUUGCAUUUUUUUAUUAGAAUCUGAGAGUGGAAGAAGAGGCUUCAGGAAAAUUUCCAGUUCGGAAUUAUUUGCUUUUUUUCUUCUUUUUUUCAUCAUUUUUUACGAAAGUGAUCUUAGCCUGUUUGGCGUUUAAUUGGUUUAGCAUUGGAUUUGUAUUUACUUCUUCCUCUCUUUGUUUUCGCGUCGGAGAACUAGGUCGUUCUUGUGACCAAUUUUCGAAAUUGUUUCUUGUUGUGGGAGUGAUUUUGGAACAACCAGUGCAGUUGCAGUGGAGGACCUUGGUCUGGGGUUUAGGUGGUAGUUCGUGGUUUGACCGAUGUUGGGAGGUUUGUAUGGGGAUCUGCCGCCCCCGUCUGCGUCGGGGGAUGACGAGGGCUCGGGGAAGAAUACGGGAGUGCCGUCGAGCGGGCCUGUGGGAGCCUCUGUGUGGAGUAACAGUAAGCUUGCACCUUCGAAUGUGAGAAAACCUAACUUGUUUGCGCCUCCGACGUCGGUGUUACGGAACCAGGUAUCAGCAACGAAGCCGAAAGCACCUUCGGCUGUACCGCGAGGGUUGUUAGCGACUUCACGAUGGAUCACCGAUGGGGUGGGUGUUGGCAAUGUGCCUGCUACGUCCGAGAUGCCAAUUUCGCAGCCUGUGCCAGUACAGCCGGCUCUUGUGGCGGUGAGUAGUAGAGUGCUGGAAGAGUACGAUCCAGCUAGGCCGAAUGAUUACGAUGAAUAUUGCAGAGAGCGGAGGCGACGGAAAAUAGAGGAGGAGAUGCGUAUGGAGGUUGAGAGGCGGCGUCAGGAGGAGGAAGAUCGUGAGCGAGAGCGUGAAGCUUUGAUGAGACAGAGGGAAUUGGAGAGGGAGAGAGAGAUGGAAAGAGAGAAGGAGCAGGGGCCUGAGCAGCGGGCUGCAUUGCGAAUUAGUGGAGAGGAAGCUUGGAAAAGACGAGCGAUGCUGUCUGCAGCUAGAGUGGCAGACUCAAGUCCAAGCCCCGCUCGAGCAAGGUCUCCAUCGCCGCCGAAGAGUAGUGAAGGGUUUAGUGCGAGCAAGACGAGUUCCAUGACUGCUGCUCAGAGGAUGAUGGCUAGAAUGGGGUGGAAAGAAGGGCAAGGGCUUGGGAAGCAAGAACAGGGAAUCACUGUGCCGCUAAUGGCUCGGAAGACAGAUAAACGGGCUGGUGUGAUUGUGAAUGCAGCUCUCACGCCUGCUGCAGCUCCUGUUGUGGAUAAGAAGCCGGCUGUGAAAGGAGUUUCCAUAUCCGGAUCUCCCACACGAGUUGUACUGCUUCGCAACAUGGUCGGACCCGGGGAAGUUGAUUCUGAGCUUGAAGAUGAAAUCUCGUCUGAGUGCUCUAAAUAUGGAACAGUAACUCGGGUCCUGAUCUUCGAGAUUACGGAGCCCAACUUUCCUGCCACAGAAGCAGUUCGAAUUUUUGUGCAGUUUGAACGAUCGGAGCAAACCACCAAAGCCCUUGUAGAUCUGGAUGGUCGAUUCUUUGGAGGCCGCGUAGUGCGAGCUAGCUUUUAUGAUGAGGACAGGUUCAAUAGGAAUGAACUUGCACCUUUCCCGGGCGAGGUGCCUGCUGCAAUACCUGAAUCCUGACACAACCAGGGGCUCUUUUCACAAUUUUGCUCGUAACAUAGACCGUCUUCCUGAUUUGAAUUAGAUCUAUCCUUCACUCAAAACGGAGCCUUACAAUCCCCUAAAUUUACUUGAAGAGGUCUCCAUCUAUGUAUAGGUGCAGUACAUUUCAUAGACCAUGAGAAAGAAGAAGUGUGGGUGGUCAUACAACGCAGGAUUUGUUGCUUUUUGGAGAUGACAAUGUUGGAAAGAUGCACUUUAGCCAUUUGGACCGGAAUACUUGUUUACGUUCCAAAGAGUUGGCCUCUGGUUAUCACGAUCAAUCUACGUAGUCAAAGUUGGGAAACUUGUGGUUUCAUAUGUAUUUCUUUAUUGUUUCAAAAUGUGGUGCAAAUCACCCUUCAGAUUGGGCAUUACUUUUU